AUGGCGACGCUGGACAAGUCCGUGGCCGAUGUAGAGGUCGCCGCGGCGCUGACGUCGCUCUCCAUCGCGUACGAGAAGCACGAGCACCGCGAACUUCCCACCACCGAAGACGUGAUCGCCGAAUUGAGCCACUUGCCCGGCCUUUCGACGAAGAACCUCGUGUUUAAGGACAAGAAGGAAGGUCUGUUCCUCGUGACGGCCGCCCCCACCACCGUCGUGGACACUAAGAAGCUCGGUGCGCGUCUGCAUGCGGCCGGUAUCGGCGGCAAGAAGUGGAACUUGCGCUUUGCCACAGAAGACGUGCUGGCCAAUACGCUUAAAGUGACCAAGGGCUCCGUCUCGCCCCUCUGCGUCAUGCACGACGCCAAGAACGAGGUGCGUUUUGUGCUGGACAAGGCGCUACUGGACACCACGCAGGUCAACUGCCACCCGCUGCGCAACGACCAGACGUACAGCAUCAAGUCGGACGAUCUGCUAAAGUUCGUCAAGCACUACAACCACGAGCCCAUCGUCGUGGACUUUGCGGCCCAGACGGAAGAACCGUCGGCCGCGACUGAGAAGACGAAGGCCCCUAAGGCCAAGAAGGAGGAGAAGAAGAAACCGGUAGAACAGAAGGCCAACGAGGGCAUGUCUGUCACCAAGAAGGAAAACUUCGCCGACUGGUACACGGACGCCAUCACCAAGUCCGGUAUGAUCGACUACUACGACGUUUCUGGGUGCUACAUCCUCCGCCCGUACUCGUACGAGAUCUGGGAGCGUGUGCAGCAGUUUUUGGACCGCAAUCUCAAGGCUAUCGGCGUCAAGAACUGCUAUUUCCCAAUGUUUGUCACUAAGGAGAAGCUCGAGAAGGAGAAGGAUCAUCUGGAGGGAUUCGCCCCCGAAGUGGCCUGGGUGACCAAGUCCGGCAACUCGGAUUUGAAGGACCCUAUUGCCAUCCGCCCUACCAGUGAGACCAUCAUGUACCCGGCCUUUAAGAACUGGAUCCGUAGCCACCGCGAUCUUCCGAUGAAGCUCAACCAGUGGAACAACGUGGUGCGUUGGGAGUUCAAGAACCCCACGCCGUUCCUCCGCACGCGCGAGUUCCUGUGGCAAGAGGGCCACACAGCCCACGCUACCAAGGCAGAAGCCGACGAAGAAGUGCGCGCCGUGCUGGAUUUCUACGCGGCCUGCUACGAGGAGCUGCUGGCCGUGCCCAUGAUUAAGGGUGUGAAGACGGAGAAGGAGAAAUUCGCUGGCGCCGACUACACCACGACGAUCGAGGGCUUCAUCCCCGCCACGGGCCGUGGGAUCCAGGCCGCCACGUCGCACAUGCUCGGCCAGAACUUUGGCAAGAUGUUCGGCAUUACGGCCGAGUACGAGGACGGCAAGAAGCUCAUCCCGUGGCAGAACUCGUGGGGUUUCACCACGCGCUCGCUGGGUGUCAUGAUCAUGGUCCACGGUGACGACAAGGGCCUGGUGCUGCCUCCCCGAGUGGCCCCCACGCAGGUCAUUGUCGUGCCCAUUCCGUUUAAGAACCAGGACGAAGUGGAGGAGAUUUUCGCCAAGGCCGACGAGAUCGUGGCCAAGUUGAGCGCCGCUGGCGUUCGUAUCGAAGCCGACAAGCGUCGUGUGUACACGCCCGGCUGGAAGUACAACCACUGGGAACUCAAGGGUGUUCCGCUGCGUUUCGAGGUUGGCCCCAAGGAUAUUGCCAAGAAGCAGGUGCGUGUGGUGCGUCGUGACAACGGGGCCAAGGAGGACAUCCCGGAGGCCGAGCUGGCCACCCGCAUCCCGGCGCUGUUGGAGCAGAUCCAGCAGGAAAUGCUGGAGCGGGCCACGGCCCAGCGUGAUAGCCACAUCCGCGAAGUGACGGACUGGAAGGACUUUGUGCCGUCGCUCCAGGACGGCUGCAUGGCGCUGACUCCGUUCUGCGACGAGAUCGAGUGGGAGGAGAUUGUCAAGACCAAGUCUCGCGAGGAAUCGCUGGCUCUCAUGGGUCUGGAGGACGAGGCCGAGAACACGGCCACCAGUGCUGCGGCGAAGACGCUGUGCAUCCCGUACAAGAAGAACGACGAGAGCCCAGUGACUGCUGACACCAAGUGCUUCAUUAGUGGCAAGCCGGCCAAGUGCUGGGUGCUCUGGGGCCGCAGCUACUAG